ACAAACAUGGCGACGUCGUUGCCUUUACCGACGUUUCAUAUCAGGACUGGUUCACUGGUUGGAUUAAGUAAUAAUAACAGGACAGCUCAAAGAAACCAUCCAACCCAAGAAUUUAAUAAUGGAGUUGUCCUAAGCUCCGAGCCUUUGCGAGAUAACCAGUUGUUCGAAGUUAGAAUAGACAAAAAGGUGAAUUCCUGGAGUGGCUCUAUUGAGAUUGGAGUCACAAUAUGUGAACCUAGCAACAUGAAUUUUCCAUUUAGUGCUACAGGCUUUCGUGAUGGCACCUGGGUAAUGUCUGGAAUGUCUAUACUUUGUGAUGGUCACUCAUUAGUAGAAGAUUAUGGCUGUGAUCUAGACCAACUUUCAGAAGGUGAUAAGGUAGGAGUGAUGAGAACUUCUGAAGGAGAACUACACUUUUAUGUCAAUGGAAUGGAUCAAGGGGUAGCAGCCACUGGCAUUCCAUCAACUGUUUUUGCUGUUGUUGAUUUGUAUGGAAAGUGUGCUCAAGUAUCAAUAUCUGAACCUACACCAAUGACUACUAGAGAAAAUACUGUGUUAAAUACAAAUAAUGACUUCACCAAUGAUAUAGCCCACGACUUCCUGGCUGAAAUAUCUAACCAGAUAGUUAAUGACUUAGCCAUAGAGCAGGAGACUAGUGUCUCGGAAGAAGAUGGACUCCCACGCGACUGUUUGCGGUUUCAUGAAAAAUGUGGCAACCUUGUGAAGCUCAGCAACAACAGAAGAUCUGCAGAAAGAAGGAGGCCAUUGGAUGAGUUUAACAAUGGGGUUGUCAUGACCAGCAGACCUUUGAAAGACAAUGAAGUUUUUGAAAUCCUCCUUGACAGACUUGUGGAUAAAUGGUCCGGCUCUAUUGAGGUGGGCAUCACAACACACAAUCCAAAUACUUUAGACUUUCCUGCUACAAUGACCAAUAUGAGAAAUGCGAAUUCUAGUCGUACAAUUAUGAUGAGUGGCUGUGGCAUAUUGACCAAUGGUAAAGGCACAAGACGAGAGUAUGGACAAUUUAACUUGGAUGAACUAAGUGAAGGGGACAGAAUCGGGUUGGUUCGAAAACCCAAUGGCCACCUUCAUUAUUUUAUCAAUGGUUUGGACCAAGGAAUGGCUUCAGCCAAUGCACCAUCACCAGUUUGGGGCGUCGUUGAUCUCUAUGGUAUGGCUGUAAAAGUGACGAUUGUUGACAGCAACACCGCAGAACCUGAGCUUCCUAUUCCCAGCCUUAUGGCCCCGCUGCAGGCUGCAGAACACAGCCUUGUCAAUACACUCCGACAGUUUUUAGAUUCAUGCGAUGGAAGUGAGCGAGUGGAUUCCAGAGUCAUUACAGAGACAACUGAAGAUGUGGAGAAGUUGUUGUUUAGUCCUCUGUGUGGUGUACAUGCUGCUGUCAUCAAUGGGAAUAGGUCAGCUCAUAGACCUAAUGCCACUGAAGACUUCAACAACGGAGUCAUUUUAACCAACCGCAUGCUACGUCCAAAUGAGAUUUUUGAAGUUCGGUUGGAUAAACUAGUGGACAAGUGGGCAGGCUCCAUAGAAAUUGGCCUGACCACUCAUAAACCUACCGAACUAGACUUUCCUUCAACCAUGACCAACAUUAGAUCGGGGACAUGGAUGAUGACUGGCAAUGGAGUCAUGCACAAUGGUUCUACUAUCAUUGAGGAUUACGGCCAGAAUCUGGAUCGUCUAAAGGUUGGUGACCGUGUAGGCGUAGUUAGAAAAAGUGAUGGCACUGUUCACUUCUUUGUGAAUGGAGUGGACCAAGGAGCCUCUGCUAGUAAUGUUCCUGCUAAUGUCUAUGGAGUUAUUGACCUGUAUGGCAUGGCUGCUCAGGCCACCAUUGUGGACUUGUCAGAUACACUGACUUCUCCUGACACAGAUUCCAGUGUAUUCACAGAUCCUGAUCAGUUAAAGUUCCAUCACCUGCAUGGGCACAACGCUACAGUCCUCCACAAUGGUUUGACUGCUUCAAGACCCAAUGCUACUGGUGAAUUCAAUGAUGCAAUAGUCAUGAGCAACCGGCCACUUCGAGAUGGGGAACUGUUUGAGGUGGUAAUUGAGAAAAUGGUGGACAGGUGGUCAGGCUCACUAGAAGCAGGUGUGACAUUGGUGAAACCAGAGGAGAUUGACUUCCCAAACACCAUGACAGAUAUAGAACAUGACACAUGGAUGCUGAGUGGUUCAGCAAUAAUGCAGGAUGGUGCAACUAUCAGAAAUGGUUAUCCACUGGAUUUAGAUUCUUUGACUGUGGGAUCAAGAAUCGGCAUGAUGAGAUGUUCUGAUGGGACACUGCAUUAUUACCUGGAUGGAGUAGAUCAAGGUGUAGCCAGUACUGACAUCGCUCCAGGUGUUUAUGCUGUUAUAGACCUGUAUGGUCAGUGUGCCCAAGUGAGUAUGUCCUCUGGUACUGUGGUUUUACCACAGACUGAAAUUGUACAGCAUUCUAGUGUUCAAACAGAACAAGUGUCCACUCCUUCAGUAGCUAACACAGAUGUGACUCACAGGUUUAGCAAAUGUUGUGGUAAAAAUAUCAACUUGACCAACUACUACUGGGCAGCUAAUCGUGUUCAAAGCUAUAACCAUGGAAUCAUUUUCAGUUCAGAGCCUCUCAAAUAUGAUGAGAGUUUUGAGGUGGAAGUUACUGAAGUGUCCAACCAGUGGUCAGGGUCUCUUAAAAUUGGAUUGACCACUAUGGCUAUCUCUGAUACCACACCAACUGACAACCUGCCGUCCACAGCUGAUGAAAUCAGUCCCAAGGUCACUUGGGUUGUGUCAGGGUCAGAGGUCAAGAAGUGUGGGGUGGUCAUCAAAGAUAAUUAUGCUCCUUCAUUGUACAGGUUGCAGAUUGGUGAUAGAGUUGCUGUAUGUAGAUAUUCAGAUGGAACAAUGCAUAUCUUGCUGAAUGGGGAUGAUUUGGGGGAGGCUGCGAGUGGGAUUCCAAAGAAUGUGUUUGCUGUGAUAGAUCUUCAUGGUUGUGUGGAAGGUGUAGUCAUCACCAGUAAAGCCAUUGUGGACACUUCCAGUAUUGUGCUUUCACCUGCUUAUGACAUUGAACAGUCACUUCAGGACAGAGACCAAGACAGUGACACGUCUGCCCAUCUCUCCACUUGCUUCCAUAGCAACCAUGGUAAAAAUAUUUUGCUCAGAGAUGGCUGCAAGAUGGCAGAAAGACUAGCCAGUUUCAACCAUGGUAUAGUGGUGGGAAACAAACCUUUGAAAAAAAGAAAACUAUUUCAGGUUCGACUUGGCAAGUUAAGUACUAAGUGGAGUUCAUCAAUCAUGAUUGGAGUGAUAGGCAUACCAGUAGAUAAAUACACUUUUCCAGCAUCUGCAAUCGCCGUUAGGAAACCUUGUGUAAUGAUACGAGGGGAAUCCGUCUUCAUGUCAGGAAUCAAAAUAAAAGAUCACUAUGGACCAAACCUUGACACACUGACAGAGAACAGCCGUGUAGGUGUUCUAGUAGAUGAGGACUCCUACCUGCAUAUAAUGGUCAACGGUAUAGACUAUGGUGUAGCAGCUAGAGAUAUACCACGUCCAUGUUGGCCAAUAGUAGAUCUUUAUGGUCAGUGUGAACAGAUAAUGAUAGUGCCAGAAGAGUAUGAAAAUAUGUCAGCGGCUGGCAUCAAGGAAGAAUGUGAGAAGGCUGAUAUUGAAAACAAAGGAAAAGAGAAAGCCACCGUUGGAAUAGAUACCAGCUUGACUCUAAGAAACUGUGAAUAUUUUAACCUCUGCAAUAGAUUGAAGAGUUCGCUGGGAUUGCCAGAUGGCUACUUUGAUGGUCAGAGCUAUUGCUUUUGCUCCGCCUGUCAUAAAGCCAGAGGGGAUGAGACACACAUCAGACGCGGGGAUCCACCAAAGGAUAUUGUUCUUCCUUUGGGCUGGUGCAGAUAUGUGCUGAGAGCACCAAACAGAACCCAUAGUUUAAACGUAUCAGAGAAAUGGCAUCUUGCCUAUCAUGGUGUAGCAAUGUCAGAUGUGAGGAGAAUCCUAGACACCUUUGACUUGCUGCCUUCAGAUGAUGGUAGAACUGCAGCCAGUAUACUGUUACCAUGUCCUCUGCCCUACACUGAGAAAUCCAAGCCAGAGAAUUUGAGUGGCAAGCAAAUUCACCUGUCGCCGACAAUUCGCCAUGCAGGUGCAACACAAUUUUCACCAAAACACAGAUUUACAGAUAGCAAAACUAAAAAGAGUUAUGAGGGUCGAGCAGCAUUCCAGGUGUGGGUGAAACCAGGCUCCUACAAAGUCAGUCCGCAGGUUGAUGAGGACAAAGCCCAGGUAGACCCCUACUUUAAAAACUCUGAGAUUGACUGGGUGACUAAAGAAAGGGGCUCCACACUACUACAGGCUCUGUUGCUGCGGGUGGAAUAAGUGUCAUACAUAUCAUGUCUCCUGUAAUAAGUCAGAAUGUAUUGAUGUGCUAUGUUCUUAAUGAGGUUACUUUUUUAGUAGUUUAGUAUUUGAUACUUUGAGAGAAAAUGCUUUGCACUUAUUUUGAGAUGUCUCAACUUUGUCAGAUAGAGCGGCUCAGUAAGUUCAUUUUAUGAUAGGCAUGUAUCCUUCAAAGGUUAUAUCAAAAUAUUGUCACAAAAGAAACAAAUUUUAAAAAAUAAGAGGAACAAUUGUUUGGUCUCAUUUGUUCUUUUCUUCUUAUUUCACAUAGAUAUUUAUAGUGAAUUUUUAGUUUAUUUCCUUUAUGCAUUUCCUUUACAAUCAGAUUUCUUGAUAGUGUCAAUGAAUUUUGUCCUCUCUUGAUGAAUUUUCUUCCUAAGAAGAAACAAUUUUCCUCGUGUAAAUAAAUAAUAAAUCAUUCAAUUUGAAAAUAAAAGCAAUAUAAGAAUGGCCCUUAGCAUAGUUGAGGUCACAUGAUCAGUGGACAUUGAAAGUUGAUAUUCAAUUUGUUGUUUACUUUUUGUGUUAAUGUUCCAGUCAAACACAAUCUAUAAUGUGCAGUAUUAAGAGUUUUUUUUAAUGAAGGACGAGAAGUCUGUACAUAAAACAUUGUAAGUUAGUAAUGAAAUUCUAACUGAUAGUUCUAGCAUUGAUAUUUAAAACUGUACAGAAAUGUUGUUGAAUUUAACAGUAUGUUAGUCCCACUAAAUAUAAAGUACCAUGGGAUUGAAUUUAAAAGGAUUAAGUUGUUGUUUAGUUCAGAAGUAUUUACUGUUUAUUAAGUUGGUGAAAAUGUGUAGCAUCUUGAGAUUCAGGUAGUUAAGUUUAGGCCAAUGGCUAUGUUGGUCAGCAUGACCAUGAAGCGUUUUUAAUUUCCCCCGUCAAAUUUUAAGUAACAGAUCAACUGAAAGGACUUAAGGACAGUAUUCUGACUGUCAGUAUUACAUCUAUGUAUUUUACUUCUAUGUUUCAAUUCCUGUUUCAGUCUAGUUUGGUUUAAUCUAAUGAUUAUAAAUAUCCAUUCCUGUUAGUUUGGUUUUAAUCAUGGCGAUAACUUAAACAGAAUCUCUUCUUUCAUUGGCACUUUUUUUUUUAUUGUGUUUACUAUUGUGUGUAUGUGUGUGCUUACAUUGGCUUCUUCUCAUUUGGCCCAGUACAGAAUCAAGAUAUUUGUAGUUACAUUGGUAUUACAGUGGUGGUAUUAUGUGUCCAUAUUAUUAUAGCUUUUAUAUAGCGCUACUUUCAUGCUUAUAGCAUGCUCAGAGCGCUUUGGUCCAAUCUCGUUUGUGGACCAGUGGGGGGGAGGGGGUAUCUAGGAGUUGGUUUUCUGUGCUGCCUUUAGGCGCUCAGUAAACACAACUCUGCCCGAGUCGGGUGUCGAACCUCGAGCCCCCUUCUAGGUAGCGCACUUAGCCUCUCGACCACGCUUCCCACCGUACCAUGGGAUUGAAUUUUUAUGCUAAUGGCAGACAAGUGAUGUUUUUACUUUUUUUUUGCUACUCAAUCUUUUUAUGUUUGAAGAAUGUUAUGGUAUAUAUAAUAAUAAGGCUUGUCUUCGAGUACAAAGAUCAGUGAGGAAUGCAGUAUUUCCAGUGGCUGCGCAGUCCCAACUGUGACCUACACAUUUUGCCACACCCAGGGCAAGCAUAACCAUUGUCCACAGGUGGUCUAGUUAGAUUUUCUUUUCGCCAUCUCCGUCUGUCCUCGGCAGCAGAUUUUCUUUUGGUCUCAAAUGUGUAUCCCGCUGCCUUCGUGAGUGACCUCCAGCUGUCUCGUUCUGAGGCCACAUGCAACCAGAUGCUCUCUUCUAUAUCAGCUAAGGCAAGUUGGUAUAUAUGAAUAAUGUUGAAUUCAUCAAUGCCCUGUCUGAAAGAAAAGGUUAUUAAAAAAAAUGUUAUCACCUUCUAAUUUUAUCUUAUAAAUUACUAUUUUACCCCACUAUAAAAAAAAAUUACAAUAAUUAUAUAAUUAAAGAGAUGUGUGUGUGUGUGGUGGUUAUAACUUUUUGUCGAUUAAACAAAUGAAAAAAUUUGUUGUCCAUUUAUCAAAUCAGGUGAAUUUUAACUAGAGUGCUUUUAUUUUACUACAGAAUAGUAAUAUUUAGAUACUUUUAUAUUAUUUUUGUACUUGAUUAUAUAAAUAUUUUAGUUGACACAGCGGUGAGAAGUGUGUCUUGAAUAUUCUCAUAUUGACAUUGAAAUAUAAUGUGAUAAGUAAUUUAAAAUAUACACUAAGCAUUAUUGCUCAAAUAUUUUAACUGAUUGGGAAGCUAACCAUGUACAUCCAUAUUUAAAUCUAGCACUUUUUGUAUAAGCAUAUAUUGAUUCAUUAAAUCUGUCUUGUAAAAAGUUUGUAAACUUUGUCUCCCUCACACAUUCUCGGAUCAAGUACCUAUUGAUUGGCAUAGACAAUACAUGAAGCAAUAAGAAAAAUGAAUUAAACAAUUAGUCAAUUAAUUAUUGAUAAUUAAUUAUUUUGUUUUUAACGAAUAAGGGAAAAUUUUCCUUCAUUAUUCACAGAUAUGGCUAAAUAUUUAGGGUUUUGGAUAAUUGUAUGUGUUAUAUCUCCCAUAUCCAUUCUCGGCUCAAGUUGAAACUUAAACAUUUAUUGUACCUAACAAAACAUCAAUCAAUUAAAAAUUAGCCAAUUAGUCCAUUUAUUAUUGGUAAUUAAUUUGUUUGAUAUCAAAUAAGCUUCUACAUUAUUGAGGGAUAAAUUGUAAGUGCAGAGUUCCCUUAGAUAAGCUUUGUAUUUAACAAAAGGAUUUUAAAAAAAUAUUUUGCUUUUUUUCUAAGUGUUUUGGAUUUAAACACAUUGUUUUCAAAUUAUUUUAUUGGCAAAUUUAAAUGUUAAUGCCCUUUUGAUAUUCAAGUGAACAACUUAAAAAACUUUCUAAUUUCAGUAACAUUUCUUUGGUUGUUGACACCAUUCGAAGCUGCAUAAAUAUUUAAUAUCACUUCCAUUUUCUUUGGCAAAAAUGUAAUCACAGGGUCUUGUCCUUGGGGGGUUGGAAAAAAUAUUUGCUCCAUUUCACUACUGCAGUUCUCCAACUGAGCUAUUUCUGAUUUUAAGCUGUCAGGGAAAUGUUUGUUUUCCAUUUGGUUCAGUGGAACACUAAUACUAGGAAUGUCUUGGAGUAGUUAUCUCUCUUUGUAAUAUUUGAAGUUGUGUUUUGACAAGUGAUAAUUAAAUACAUUUUAUGCUUGGUAAUUUGAAAGAAAAUGGGUAUCGUCAUUUGAAUGUUUUGUUCAGACAUGAAGUCAUGUAUUACUUUAAUGUUUUCACCUGAUAACUCCUGAGUAGUAUUUGGUGUUUUAUUGACAAGUCAUGAUUUCAGGAGAGACGGUGUCAUCUGAUACACGUGAUGGCAUAGAUGAAAUGUCUGUAUUCAAACAUAGUAAAUGAUGUUGACUUAGUUAUUAUUUUGUACAUUUUUGUUUUCUGUUGAGUUAGUUCUAAUAGUGUACAUAUAUUUAUUUAUUCAUUUUUUUUUUUUUUUGUUGUUGCCAUUUUGAUUCUGAAAUUUUAUAGUGUUUUGUUUUGUUUGUUUGUACAUAUUAUGUGAUGCCAUGUUAUUUAUUUUGUGCCACUGUUUUUGUUGAUUACACUUUUGGACAGAGAGCAUCUUCAUUUCAAAUGGGAAACUGAUCUCUUGAUUAAAGAGAGUGUUUGUUUAGUACUUCAAACAUAUUUGGUUCACAUUGAAUUAUUUAUUUCAACCAAUUGUAUAUAUUUCUCAAAUGUACAAAAGUAUUUAACAGAAUAACAGAAAGUCUGUAUGUGGUUUUAAACGCAGUAAAAAAGAAACGUUUGUUUUGUAGUUUGGUAUUGUAGGCUGAGAGAAUUAUAGAUUUAUUUACUUUGUGCAGGGAGAUUGUAUAGUCUAAUUACACCUAGAGCUAGGGACUGAGCCAACAUGAGAAACAUUAGUUCUUGUUGCCUGUAGUUUUCCCUUUUUUUAUAUACUUCCUAUCCAGAAACCUCUGCUCACAAACUCCAGGCAGAUUGAUUUUUUUACCUUAUCCACCUGAUAUAGCUGUUUAACCAAAAAGGUAUCUGAAACAUUUCCUAUUGGUUGCAAAAAAAUAAAGGAUAAACUCAAGGCAUGGAAGUUUCCUUAGUAUUUUUCAUAAGAUACCAUUCUUAAACAUUGGUUACAUCAUGCAUGAGUUUGUGUUUGCUUGUUUGAUUAGAAAUGCAUGGAAGUAUGCCUGGUUUAGUUGGACAUGUAUGUUUAAGACCUACACAGUUUAGGUCUAGUAUAUGUUGUAAAAACCUUUCUAUUGUUUUGGUUGCUAUCAUGAUGUGAGUAUUCAAUUUCAUAAUGCUUGUUGUUUUUUUUUAAAUUAAGCUACUUAGUAUAAACUUUUUCUUGAUAAGCAUUGUAUCUUUUUAUUUUUAAAUGAUUUCUCUUGGUUGAUACUUAUCAUCAAUGUGACUUGAUCAAUGUAUCACCAAGAAAGUAAAUAGGUACUUGUACAUUACCAGGUGAUAAGUUUUAAUUAAUUUUUUUUAAAAUGAAAACUUCAUUAAGUGCAGAGAACUCUUGCCUGUGUAUUGUUUUGAACACUGUUUCACUAUCAUGGGAAUAAACCAUUGACCAUGUGA